AUGCAAAAUAAAUAUUUUCAGCUAAGUUCUGGUGUGUUUCUCGUGCGGAUCUUAUCGGAGCAAAGACUCCGUGUUCAGUAUUGUUUCACUGAGUUACCGUAUCCUAUGAAAGACGUUGACAGGAAGUGCUUGAAAUCUGGUCAGCUGGAAAUUAUUGAUAGAACGGAAACCGUUCUCGACCUGAGGAUUACCAAUCUCACUGCGGAAUACCUCACUGUGGAAUUCGAAAUAGCUGGAAAUUAUGGAAGAACCAUUCGAAGACUAGCGAAUCGUGUAGCUGUUGAUGGAGCGCUUCCUGCUGAACGAAUAGCGGUCGCGAAAGGGAUUGUUAUGGAUUUUGUUACGGUCUGUGAUAGACCCUUCUAUGGAAUUAUGUGUGCUCGCCAAUGUUUCGAAAAGCAUGGCGCUAACUAUAUUUGCGACCCACGCGGAGAAAAGGUGUGCUUGGUUGGAUGGACAGGAAAAGACUGCGAUAUGGCCAUAACUGACGUCCCUCUUGGUAAAUCGCCAGAUCCCAGCUCUACACUAUCACCGACUUCCACAAGUACCGGUAGGUUGUCAGGGAAAGAUAUCGGUGAGUUCUCAGAUCCCUACAUCUUCCUUGAAGCUUUGGGGAACUAUCAGGAUUGCCGGUUA